AUGUCUGAUGAUAAAUCUGUUUUAUUGUCUGAUAACCAAGAGACUAAUAAUAAGUGCAUUCCAAUGUUUGAUAAUCAUGAUAUUACUAAUAAAUCUAUCUCAAUCUUGAAUAAAAAUAAUACUGAUGAGUUUGACCAAAUAUUUGAGAGGGAUAUACUAAAAAAUUAUGAAAAAACUGAUAAUAAAUUCUGGAGCAAUGAUA